CAUCCCAUCUCUUUUCCACAUUUCUUCCGAGUUUAUCCUGGUUAUCCACCAGUCUGACCACUUCAAACCGGAAAGCCACAUCAAUAGAAAUGAUCACGUUGUAACGGGACGUUGUUUGCGAACCGCCAAUAAAGAGCAGAAGAAGACUGUAACGGGGAGGGGAGAGGAGGGGCGAGGAGGAAGAAGGUUCCUGCGGUUCUUCUCCAGUCACCAUCCUACUGAUCCAAACAGCUCCACCUGAUGCCACCCUCCUGGAACCGCUAGCUGCUCAUUUUACCACACAAAAAAAAGUUUUGGAUCGAUUAGUUGAUUAUGGAAAUUACAUUUAAAAAAACGUGCUCAUCAAAAGGAUUUGAAUCGGCUUGAGAAAGCAGAACACAGAAGGAAACAUACGGAGCCCGGUUCGAUUCAACUCUUACGUUGGUGAACUUUUACAAGAUGCCCGAGGUGCGAGACCUUUCUGAAGCCUUGCCAGAGAUGGCCAUGGACCCGAUCACUGGAGUCGGAGUAGUGGCGUCCAGGAACAGGGCCCCCACUGGAUAUGAUGUGAUAUCUACAACAACAGAUGGCCUGGAUGCUGACCUCUGGAAAGAUGGCCUCUUCAAAUCCAAGGUGACCCGUUACCUCUGCUUCACCAGAGUUUUCUCCAAAGAAAACAGCCAUUUAGGAAAUGUGCUGGUGGACAUGAAGCUGAUUGACAUAAAGGACACUUUGCCAGUGGGUUUCAUCCCGAUCCAGGAGACUGUGGACACUCAGGAGCCGGCCUUCAGGAAGAGGCGACUCUGCAUUAAGUUUAUUCCAAGGGACUCCACGGAGGCAGCCAUCUGUGACAUCCGUAUCCUGGGACGCUCCAAGCAGGCUCCUCCUCAGUACACCUUCAUAGGGGAGCUGAACAACAUGGGAAUCUGGUAUCGGAUGGGGAACGUCCUUCGUGCUCAGGACUCCACGCAAACGCCGACCACCAACAACAUCCAAAAUAUGAACUCCUCCACCGCCCCAGUCCCAGCUGCGCCAAUGCCCAAGCACAUUUCUAUGACCCUACCCGCCAGCUUCAGAGGGAAGAACACCACCAGACCAGACUAUGAGCACCAGAACUCCAACCUGUACGCCAUCUCAGCCAUGGACGGAGUGCCUUUUAUGAUCUCUGAGAAGUUUGCCUGCGCCUCUGAUCUGCAGCAGGUGGAUCUGAUGGGAAUUACCAUCAAGUCGCUGGCUGAGAUUGAAAAGGAGUAUGAUUACAGCUUUCGUACGGAGCACAGUGCAGCAGCUCGCCUCCCUCCCAGUCCGACUCGGACAUCCCUGAGCUCCGAGGCCUGAGCAUCCCACCCCCCUCUGUACCAACACCAUCAGAGGAAACUCCAACACAACUGCUGAAACCUGCCCAGAACUAACAGCGACUCCAUAUCGACCGCACCGGCAGGAAGAGUCCAACCACAUGUGGAGAGGUUGUGGUUUCUGUUAUUUGUGCUGUUGAAAUGAAAAGUAGAUUAAAACCAGUCGAACUACAGACGAUGCUGUAAAACCAGAUGGAAACACUCACUGUUGGACAAAAGACUGACUUCAUUUGUUUGUUUUUACAAGGAAGUAUAACGGAAUCUCACUAAUAUCCCUUUCUUCUGUUAAAAGCAUCAUUAAAUAAUAAUAAGUGCCCCCAUCUGAUGGACUUGUUACCCAGAAGGUGAUCGGAUGCAGGGAGGGGGGGCGUGUUAGACGUCAUAUCGGCUUCAUGUGUGGCGUACCUGCUGCUCUGUACAGAGUUCAAGCAUGUGGAGGUCAGUUCAUGUGUUAGAAAUGCAAAAAGAGACGGUGGGGCUCUGGGUUUAGUGGCUUUUACUGGUCUUACUGGGAAUGAAUCCACCGUUCUGUUGAUGUUACUGUAAUAUACUGGUGUGACUGUAAGUGCACUUUGUGUUUGGGAAUUUCAGUGUGCUUCCUGUUUGCCUCACAUGUUCUGUGAACCACUUCGCUUUAAAUAACAUGAAACCACUGUUCCUGUCCAGAGGUCCGGACCGGGACUGGGUCAGGACCUCUGUUCUGAUACUGGUCAGCCACAGAUGCUUUAGACUGGGCCGAGUAUUACAUCUCCCAACACAUCUGAUCAGAAUGAGGCCGGUGGUUAACUGGAAAGAGACGAGAGCACGUGUGUUUUUGUUGCAGAUGUUCUCAGAAGUGCUGUUUUAUCUGAGUUCAGGUGGAAAAAUCGUGCCUACCGUGUCUGUUCUCCUUUCCCUCGGCUUCAAUUUUCCACGUGGAUUUUUAACGUCACCAGCAGCUGCCUGAGAUAAGCUGACAUGUUGGAUUAUAAGCUUCAUUUCAGUCUGCGGUCAUUUCAUUUAUGUUUUACCUGUGUCUGUUUUUUUUUACCAUCUUCAUAAGACUUAUAUCUGUGUGAGUUUUUUAUUGCCCACGUGUGUCCACGGCUGCAGUAGUUUGGCCUGUUUUCUGUUUUUUAUUCUGCUUCAAAAGCAGCUUGAUGGAAACUGACAUUGUCCAUGUUUACCUGUUUGCAUCACUACAGUCAGAUUCACACCCUGAUCCAACAGAAACUCAUCAAAACUCAGCACUUCCUGCAGAUGUUCCUCUGUAGAAGGUUUUUUUUUUUUUAUGUGUACGGACGGAGCUGAAACAGUGACGAUUAAUACAGCUGCUGCUUAAACGGUUACAUCAUCUGCUAACACUACGGCUGUUGCUGGGUCAGACAAGGAUGUCUGAAUAAUUAAGUUGCUAACUACGUUUAGUUUAAUACACUAUUUUGGUUUAGCAGAGCUCACGUUUGUUACCUGCAAUAUAUCCAGUAGGGGCAGUGUAGGGACCAGUUUGACCAGUUGUAAGAUCACAGGGUCGACGGUGUAAAAAUGACAAAAAGUUUCAGAUAAAACAAACCAUGUUUGGUUUAGGGUCCUUAUAUUCAAUCAAUAAUAACAGCUGCUGUCGUGUUUUUUUUUUUUUUUUUAGUGAUAGUGAUCUUUUAAUCAUGAAAUGUGAUAAAUAAUGCUGUUAUCAUGGAUCAUUGUGGAUUUACCAGAUAUAGUCUCUGAAUAAACACUACAUUUAUUGUCAACCUUCUGAAUGGGAUAGAAAUGCCUGGAAGACUUCCAUGGAUCACCUAAAGGGUAGCUAUCCAUCACAGUUUACCCCACAGAGCCACACACCACCGUUCCCGAGACACCGGUGGGAUCUGCUAAGGGUUAAAGGGUUAAUCUACUUAUUAUUUUGAUUCCGUCCUGAAUUCUGUGCAUACAUCAAAUAGUUUUGAAAAACGAAAAAUCCCUGAAAUUGUGCAGCUCACCCAGGAGAUGAUUUCAGACUUUUGCUAGUGAUUCAUUGCUCCUCAAAUCCCAAAAUGUGACAUUUUUCCUAUAGAAAUGGGUGAUAAACUGAGCCAAUUCAGAGCCCCAUAACUCGUUUAAACGGGUCAGAGAAGAUAGGCUUUUAGUGUCUCAAAUGACUUUUUCAAAGAGUCCACACUCUGGGGUGAAAUGAUGUACUUCAAAAUAUUUCAGAGAAUUUCUCAAACUAACUUCUUUGAAGCCUACAUCUUCUACUGUACAUUUACAAAUGAUAUUAAAAUGUAGGCACGUUUUACUUCCUUCACCCCAUGUGACCAUGUGGGUUUUCUGUCAAACCGAUUCAGAACUGCUGGCUGCAUCGGCUUCCAUUCAUUUUGAACUCUGAUUCUCAACUCAAUUUAGGAGGUGAAGGGGUCGUUUAACCUGCUAUAAAAACUACACGAAGACAGCAAAGACAUAAAAAUGACAUCAGUGCCAUCAGCAGACCUUCUGCUGCACAUGGUUCAAGAACUGUUUCAGUAUGAAAGGGACUGUUUGGAGGGCUGCACCGAACCGGGAAUCAACUGAAAUCUGAGCAUUUCUGACAGUUUUUGUGUCUGUGGGGAGAGAGAAGACACCGUCGUCAUAGCAGUGUUAACCAUCGGACUCAGAGGACCCCGUCGUCAUAGCAGCGUUAACCAUCAGACUCAAAGAAUGCCACCGUCAUAGCAGCGUUAACCACCAUACUCAAAGAAUGCCAUCGUCAUAGCAGCGUUAACCAUCAGACUCAAAGAAUGCCAUCGUCAUAGCAGCGCUAACCAUCGGGUUCUGUUCUGUUUAUUAUUGGAAUCUCACACACACUUCCCAAAACACAGCAACAGCAUGCAUGACUGAGCCAGCCACUAGCCAGCAGCUGCAUUGGCCCCAUCAACAUACUUUCAGCUGUAAUUUUUCUUUUUGAGCAGCAGUAUGAGCCGUCACUGUUUUAGCUCCACAGAUAUUUAGUCUGAAACUAAACAUCCGAAAAGGAAAAACUGCAAACGUGAGUUCGGGAUGAGGAUUUUUUGUUUGGUUAAGGUUGGAAAAGAUGUCUUUCGUUUGUUUUUCCACGUUUCCUGAGACUGUUACAAAGAAAUGUUCUGCAGUUUUGUCCUUUUGUUAACAUGAAUUAACUCCUUUUUGCUUUAUCUAAUUUAUUACUUAUUUCAUUGUUGUGACCAUGUUGUCUGAAAGGUUCCGUUUGUUAUAAAAACUGAAAUGCACUGCUGACAUGACUGGCUAGAGCCAGUCUUUGUCUGCUCUCUGUUAAGCUGCCCAUGUAUCACCACUUCCAGCCAGUCUAGCUGAAACAUUAAUAUCUGACUAAUAACAAAUAAUCCUGUUUAAUGUGUCUGUUAGUUUGCAUGAUGAGGUGUCGCAGGUUUCACGACUUCGUAGGAGUAAACACAGAUUAAAUUCACUAAAUAUGAACAAAAUGGCAUCAGCUGAAUUUGUAUUAUGAAGAUGUUUUAUUAAACUGUGAUGAAACCAUG